UAGAAUAUUAGUGCGAAUGAUUAUUAAAUAAAAUGAAUACAAAACUAUAUUUAUCACCAAUAAUGCUGCACUGGAAUUGCAUCUCAUCCAACGCUGAUUAUGAUUUCGGUGACACUCAAGUGGCCAUCGGCCCUUAAAUUUUCCGGCCGAAUCCCGGCCACUUUCGAAGCCUUUGUUUCCACAUACCACCACCUCUCCACCUUUCUCCGGUCGGACUCCGGCUCUUCAAUCGUCUCCUUCGUAAUGUACUCCGCCGGCACUUUUCUCGCAAUCACUCUGCCUGCAUGGAUAUUUCUCUACUUCAGAAAAAUCAAUAAACCCUUCAUUCGCGCCGCCGAUUCGGCGCCCCUCGUCAACGCCCCCUCUCCGGAGAGACGCGUGGGCCCUAUCGUGGAUAACGGUAAAAGUUUUUGCCGAUGUUUUGAUUUCAUAUUGAUGGAAGGAAAUCACAUGCAAAUGAUUUUUGAGAAGAAAUUGGACCGUUAGUUAAUUACGUUCUAGAAAUUUAGAUAUGUUUGUGGUGAUUAUAUAAAUCGUUAAUUAUCUUUAGCUCAUGGUCCAAUUUUUUGCAUUUUCACAGUUUUGGGGAAUUCACUGCAUUUUCUGAUAUUGCUUCAUUUUUCAUUUUGUAUGUGUGUGUUUAUUACCUAUUGAAGCUGUGGCGAUGAAUUGAUUUGUUCUUGAUUCGAUUUAUGGUUUUUAUGUAGAUGGAGUUUUCAGUGUGAUUGAGAUGAUAUGUUAUCAAUUAGUUGUAAUAAACUUGCAACUCAUGAUUAGUUCUAUGUAGCUCACCAGUUAAUAUCUAACACUAUGAUUAGGUGUGAGAACCCUAUAUCGCAAGGGAAAUUCCCUUUUAUGUGGGAGUUUUAUCAUUAAUCAGGCUUGUUUAAAACUACAAAUGAUUCUUGUUUUGUGUUUCUUUGUUUGAGCACGGGAUGCUUUCAAUAGAUGUCUUCUGUGUUUAUGCGUUUGUAUUCUACACAUACAACAAUCAGUUUUUCCAUCUGUGGCUAGCCCGUUUGCUAGUUGAGUAACACUACAUAGUAGGUUUGCCCGGAGUGCCAUGACGAGAUAGAGGAGGCAGCUUAUGAAGGUUUAAGCAUGUAAACUAAAGAGUCAUUUCUUUUAUCUCUAUGCAGGGUCCCCUGCUAUACAUUACAGCAUACUCUGGAGGAAUCACGAGAGGCCUAGAUGUUGCUUACGAAGAUGCACUGACAAUUGAUGAUGCUGAUUACGCUGAGGAACUUCAGUUCCAAGAAACACUGAUAGCCUCGUUUUUCACUUCAGAGUUGGAAAAUAUUCCAUCUUCAUCUGUGCAAGAACCUAACGUCUACAAAGGAGUGACGAAGCCUGAGAUUGCUGAGGAUUCAUACCAAAGCUUCUGUGGAAUAUGUUUGGAAAACAAAGAGAGCUGGCUGAUGUUCGCGAAUGAGACGUGUCACCACUCCUUCUGUUACGAAUGCACAACCAGCCAUGUUGUAGCAAAGAUCCAAGAUAAAGUGAGAGACAUAGCCUGCCCUGCACCAGGCUGCAACGCUGUACUUGACUUUGAUGCUUGUAGGCUAAUGAUUUCCGAUGAAGCCCUUGUUCAGUGGGACGAGUCCCUCUGCAUGUCACUCAUCCCUGAAUCUCAGAAACUGUACUGCCCUUUCCGUGACUGCUCAGCUCUGCUCGUGAAUGAUCAUGGGGAUGCCUUUGAGAAGCUAAGAUGCCUGGUGUGCAGCAGGUGGUUCUGUGCACAGUGUCGCGUCCCUUGGCACGUGGAUUUCACGUGCAAGGAGUUCCAGAAGCUAUAUGCGAAGAAGGGAGGGAAAGUGGACAAGAUAGUGAAGGAACUCGCGAAGAAGAAGAGCUGGCAGAAGUGCCCCAAGUGCAAGAUGUAUGUGGAGAAAACAGAAGGCUGCGUGCACAUUACUUGUAGGUGCAAAUACGAGUUCUGCUAUAGAUGUGGAGCCAAAUGGUCGGAUUCUCACGGCAGCUGCCGCCGGAAAUCGUAGAUGCACGGAGCCGUGGCUUCUGCUCUGUAUAUAUGUUUAUUGGUCUUUAUUAGUGUAGAUGCUUCAAGGCAAGAGUUAUUAUGUUUAGAUGUUUAGACAUAUGUUUGCAAGAAUUAGGAAUCUCCUCCUAGCUUGAGCUGUUUAAUUUCUUGUACGUACAGUUUCUCCUACACAUUGACCUCUAAUCCAGCUUCUUCUUUCUGACCUCUAA